AUGAAACUGGCGGCGAUGAGUCACGAAAAGGGACGUGUGGCAUUUGUGAAGUCUUGCGGGAGUUCAGAGGGUCCCGGCAUUGGCAUCGUGACAGAAUACCCCAAAGAAUACACUUCCUCCACCCUUGGAGGGGCGUGGGCUGGACAGUCAAGCUUUGCAGAGCUCAACUCACUGCAAACGAGACGCAGAAGCACUUCCAUGGCAGGCAGGGGGAAGCAGCGGAUACGUGAGGAGGACGGCGUGGUAUCAUGGUUACAACAGGAUGAUAAAGUUUUCUCAGUAGACAGCAUGACUGUCAUUUCCCCGCUGCCUGUGGACGACAGUCUGGCAAUAUGCUGGAACUCCUUGAGGACUCCCACAGACAGGCUGGAAGACUUUACCCUUGAAAUUGGCAAGGCGUUGGGCUACGGAGUCAGCGAAGUGAAUGCCUUCUGUACCUCUGGUUCUGUUUGUGGCAUCGACGUCAUCACAAAGGGCUCCCUCCUGGACGAAGACGUUUUGCUCAUAAGAGCUUUCAAAGGCUUUUGUGGAUAUGAAGCUGCGGUUGCUCUGGAGCUCCCGGGAGAAGGAAAAUUCAGCCAUUUGAGCGAAACAACCUAUGCGUUUUCCUCGCCGGUUGACCCCAAGGAGCCAGAGCUUGCAACUUACGAAUUGUGCUGGUGUGACGAACACUCAACGCCUGACUGCAACGUGACCGACUUUGUCGAACACGUCGGUUCUUUGCAGAUUCAGACCAUGAAGCAACUGCAAGUGAUUUGCAUAAGGGACGCAAACGGAGAAUGCAAAAUAAGCCUUCCCGCGAGCAUGGACAGGGAUUCGCUCGUAUAUAUCUCCAAGCUGACUAGCACUUCGCCUGCGUGUACCUCCCCUGUUUACCUAUUACCGACAAACCUCGGAGUAGUCAAUGGUGAUGAGCUUGAGAUAAGCGUUGCUGUCAGCUCCUUGGAAGCCGCAGGUCUUGUUGGCGUUUCCCUGGCCAUUUGCUGGACCCAACAUGGAAACAUAUCGACAGAUAGCAUUCCUUUGUGGAAUAGUUCGUUCCUAGGCACCUUGGUCUUCAUUGACCCUAAGGCCAGUGCAAAUACCACGUAUGUUGGCUUGCCACCGAUCGUACGCGUCGACGUUCUUGGCUUGGCAGGGGAACAGAGUUCACAAGUCGACUUGCCGCUCCCUUUGCAGCAGCUCUAUCUUAAGGACAAAGGAACUUGCGGGCCAUCAGCAUCAAGCGUUGCACUUUCACUAACUGUGAGAUCAGUAGAGGCAGUGAAAGGAGGAACUGGACUUCAAAUUACCUUUGGGACUAUGGAGCUAAUUCAGCUUGUUCUGCAGGAGGUAGAAACAAGCGUGCGUGAACUGUCUUUGUGCUGGUGUUACAACAACUCAUCGUGCGCCAACUCAGAAGAUUUUGACUUAGAACUUUCAAGGUUGCAGUUCCGGGCCCCUGCCUCAGGGGUGUCGCACGAAUGUACUUACGACACUACCUGCCUCAUGAGCAUCAAGGAUAUCCCAGUGACCGAAUUUGCGUCGUUCCUGCCGCAGCUCCUUAUCCGGAGUGAUUGUGCAGACGACACGGCGGAUGACGGUCUCCCAGACGGUGGCAGGAUGUCACUCCGACUAACCGGAGCAAAGGCUGGUGGCGGGGACUCAAGUACUCCAUUUGAAGAUCACAUGUAUGGAUUCACGUCUCUAGUGAGCCGCGAGCGGGCUUUAGCGGGCAUGCAGCAGGUGCACAAGAUGGUAUGCUACUGUACGGACUCAACAACGUGCACACCGGAUCGUCUGGUGAACAUUGGACAGCUGACUAUAUCAGACGUGUGGAAUACUGAAUUCCGUGUAUCUUUAGUGCAGCGCAUUGAGCUGCCGUUCACCGUCAGCAGCCCACUGAAGCAGCAAGACGCGGCGAGAAAGCUGAAGAUAACACGAGGGGACAAUUCGCUUCCAUGUGUUGUGGACAAACAAGCCAACUUAUGUUCAGUUAGCUUUCAGGACUUUCCGGCAGAAACCUUGUCGUCUCCUGAUCCGGCCACUCUCCAAUACUACGAUUCAAGCCUCCCCCAAGAUACUGCCGACACCCGCCCCGUUCCGUACGUGGCGAUAGCCUCUCUAGUGCCUGCAGGCCCAUGGAAGAUGGACUACACGUUUCUCUGUCUGGUCGGAGGGUUCUGCGAGGUCACAAUCGAUGUCGUGAAUUGGCGAACCGAAGACAAAGUAGCCUUGUUGUCGCAUUGUGGUAAUGCUGGAACGGAUGAAGUGGGCCUGAACCAGGCUUCAGAGAGUGUCGACGGCAGCUCAACGUCAGUUAUGUUCCGAUGGACCAACCGUUUGGAACUUUCAGCGAGCCAAAUGGAAAGUGGCCUCGAGCUGUGCUGGAAGGCGGUGGAAGAUGCAAAGCUGCCUGUUGACUCCGUCAGUGAUUACUCAGCAAAGUUCGGCACUGUGUCGAUUGCAGGUGUUUUCCCAAAUCAAAACGCUUCUUGUUACGUCGGGCAGAAGUGCACAGUUCAACAUCUUAAAGCCCAAAACCUUUCCGACGGCACAAGUGUCGCAGUGCUCGACGGGGGCUGCGGCGCCGAUGGAAUUGAGUGGAGCUUUGUUCCAAACGGUGGACUCAUGGUCACAGACACUGUCGGCGAGAAGGAAAUAACGGUUUCCUUUCCGGGAAGGUUGCCAGUAAUGGAAAUCGGCUCGCUAGUGAUGUGCGGCUGUAGUGAGCGCGAGUGCACUACUUUGCAAGACUAUGGAUGGCGCAUAGGGGAGUUGUCGGUUAAAGGGCCAACUUCCCAUGCACCCCACUUGGAGCUGUUUGCAACCUUGGACAUUCGCCUGUCUUUGUCGGGGGAUUUCGACGACAUGUUCUACUUGCUUCUAAAGGAAGGGGAUAGCUGCAUUACGGGUCAAGCAGACGCAUCCUGGAACUUGCACGGAUUUUCACCAAUUACCCAUGGCCAGGCUGCUUGGGCGCCCUUUGACGAGGGUAAAGGCCCGCUUUCCGUGUGCAUUUGUCAUGAUAAGGUGGCGGGCCUUUCGGAUCCGUUCGGAAGCCCAUCCGAGGUUCCAACCUACUGCGAAGAUGCAUCAAAUUACGCCGUGAAAGUUGGCCAAGUCUUCGUUAACGGACCUGUCAAGCAAGAUACCGAAUUUACCUGUCGUUCAGGAUCCAUUUGCACAGUGACGCUGCGGUACAUUGCAAUGGACUCUGAGACAACCAGAGAACAAUGGGCGAAGAGCCAAGUUUACUCGCAGAAAGAAGAAUGCGGCGUUGCUGGAACAGUACUACUAUCUGGGGGCUACUACAUUAGCGACACUAGAGUCGGAGAACAAAUCAUAUCAACGGACUCGAAAUACCCCAUUGUCUAUGAGACGCGCGAAUCUGCCUUUAUGUUCCACGACGUUGUGGAUCUCGGGGCAGGAACGCACAACUUGUGCUGGAGGCAAGACGGUGCCACCACGGGUGUGACGCUAGGAGCUUUCACCAUUCAAGGCCCUCUUCUACACCAAUCUAUUUUGCCAAUUGUAGUUGGCAAGAAGUUCUCCGUUGAAGUACCUAUGAACAGCAUUAUUGGUGAUGAGGAGGCUGCAAAGUAUCGUAUUCGAGCCUAUGCCUAUAAAGGCAGCGACAUUUUCAACAACUUUUCAUGCAGGCAGCAAGCGGACGAUUACUCUUCGCCCGCCGUACUCGGUUGUACACCGGCCACCGGACCUCCUACGGCCGUCAAGAACAGUGAGAUUGGCAGCAUCCUCAUCUGGAAUGACGUGUGCGUCAUCGCCGAUGAAUUGAACAGUGCAGCUUUGGCAGGUGAUAAGUAUGCUGUGUGCUUCUGCGAUGGAAACGUGCUGGGCUGCGACACUGCUGAUCGGUUUCAAGUUCUCGUCCAAGCCUGGGAGUUGUCCGGACCAAAACCGCUGCAGCAGGAUGUUAUCCCACGUUACCGAGCAGGCGUUCGAUUCGAUCUGAAUAUCGAAGGGGUCAACUUGAACGAUGAUCCAGUUAUUAUGCUUUCACCAGCUCUCGAUCCUCUCACCAACAGCCGCUUCACUUGCCAAAGUGAUGGGAAGCUGCAGAUGCGCAGGUUUGUCGGCAGUGUCUCUGAUGACCGGGCUCUGGCGGUGUUCGCCGAUGUUUAUGCUCCCUUUACGAUAUCUCAAGGACUUUUCUGCUGGUGCCCUGGAGGCGAAUGCUUAGAUGCAAGUGAAUUUACUGUGCAACUCGGCCGUUUUGGCGUGGCAGGUCCCACCUUCAUUGCACCGCGUGUGGUGGUUGGCAGCUACUUUACCGUCCAGUUGAUAGGUCCAAGUCUCAACACAGAUGAUGCUAUCAGUAUCCGAGGUCCGACGGAUCUUUGCGGGGACCCUGGGACCCAGAAUAUGGAUCCUGACCUUGUCAUGAAGGAAACGAACCGCACUUUGAACAGUUUGGGAACAGUUGAGUCAUUUUCUGUUUUAGAGGACAGCGCUUCAGGGGAUACGGAAAUGACCUGGACUUCAUGGGGAAUGCGCAUUAAGACGACAGUCCAGGGAUACAUGAAAAUAUGCUACUGCCCGUCAACGGAACAGGACUGCGACUCGUCUGGAAGCAAGUUAGUGCUUGCUGGUUUACUAGAGACGCGUGGGCCCUCGAAAGAAGGCGUCGAGCUAAUUGCUUCUGAAGAGUACGGCGAAUACCUUAUAGUCCGCGGUACUAACUUGUCAACUCGGAACCUCUUAAGGUAUUUCCAGUAUAUACCUCGUGAAGACACUACGACUGCUGAUCAAGAGGCCGAAAUAUGCUCAAAUUCCAUCGAUGUGAGCGGAGGGGUGACGACGUUUCCUGAUGCUGUAAACGCAGCAGGCACGGAGCAGUAUUUCUCAGUGACAGUUUCUGUGGGAAAGCAAUACGCAGCGUGCUGGUCGUUUGGAGAUGCCGUCGCAUCGAGAGCAACAUCUAUCUCACGGUCUAAAGUAGCUCCAAGCUUCAUAUCGGCUGAUGACCUUAUCAGCGUUAGGAGAAGCCUAAUAGAAACAGAUAAUUCCUCUCUUACUGAGGUACCCGCCUCUGAUCAGCCUGAUCAGUUUGUAAUUUCGUCAUCAGACGACCGUACCUCCCUUGAUCCGGAAUCCAGGAAGUGGUUUUUUAUAUCGCUCUUUUCCCAGACAGUGGAUAUGUUCUUAUCCACUGGCUCAGGCUUCCAACAAGGCGUCCAUAACGUGGUUAUGGGGCACGAAGACACCGUUGUCAUUAGUGGAGUUAUAAACGCAACUGAUACAUACGAGGUGGCACUUGGACUUAAUCGGGAUAUGAGCGAAUGCUCCGAAAUAGUCAGUAGGAUUAAGCUCCAAAGCGACAUAAGCGUCACUCCAGUUUCUGUCUCCGAAAGCCGAAUGGUUCUUCAGAUGGGUGCCGCACAGGAGCAGGGGUGGCACAAAAUCUGCAUUGAGAAUAAAACUGCCUCUUUGGUCUUUGAUGCGGGGACGGUAGAAGUCACUUCCUACUUUCAGAAGUCAGGGAUGGAUAUGUAUGAUACACAGAGGACAUUUGUACUGCCCUGCCUCACAGGAACGAGAAAUUCGCUCAAGCAACAGGUGCGGAAAUUCCCGCAGGUUUGGCUGCCAGAUGGUACAGGCCUGUGGACCGCCAAGGUGGUCGUUGGCGUGCCGCGAACGAAGAAGGAGUACUCAACACUCCAGGUUAAUUCGUCACCAAAGGAAAACUUUGUGGAAUUUCCGCAACUACGCAACGUACUGGCGUGUGACACGACGAAGGAUCAGGCGAUCCUUGUGUUAGGAGCUACCCACAUGUUGGUUCUCUACCCCGACACUGAGGAACGCAGCCCGGAUUUAAUUAACCACGGCGUGCCGUAUCCGGCUGAUGUGGCUCAUGCGGGCGACCAAGUCUUCAUAACCAGUUUUGAUAGUCACUUGAUAACCUCCUUUAAUUUGAAGGAUCCAUCUAAAGUCGUUUUCUACGAACCGAAAAAUCCGACACUGCUAUCUGCGGGGGGCAUUCAGGCAAUCGCAAACAUUGAUGGCAAGGAGACUUCCAUAUUCAUCGCAGAUACUGUCGGAGGAAUAAUUGGCCGGUUGAAGAUUUUACCAGAUGACCUGAAUAAAACUGCACACGGUGGAAAGAUUACUAGGGAGUGGACCGCAGUUUUCGGCAAGCAGAAGUCUGAUUUCCGUAAUACAGAGGGUGUCAACCGCCCAUUUUGCCUCGCUGAGUUUGUAACCCCGUAUUCGACCCAAGAGAACAUGAAUUCUCUGCUCGUUGUGGGAGAGCUUAUCUCUGAUCGCAUCACUUUCCUCAGUAUAGAUAACAUGGGCAUUUCCUUUUACAGACAGAUCACCUUGGGAGUGACGAAAUUUAUAACCGGCCUUCGUAUCAUUGAUGAAGUAUUGCUCCUCACAUCUAAGCAGUGGUCCGUAGAACAAGAGCUUGGCCGGGCUGAAGUUGCAUAUAUCACGCUGAGCCAGCUGAUAGACAACGUGUACUUUACUUACCCGGACUUCAGCAAGAAGCUCCAGGCUGGUCUUCGGUAUCGUUUCUUGCCCUUAGUUACAGGACAGGAGAUCCAGUUUUUCAAGGAGGAUGCAGAGGCGGGUGACCCCCUGCAGUCUAUAGGGUUUACCCUUGACUCGAAAACUGGGGAAAUCCAGGGCACGCUUACAGCAACUGUGACUUCAAGGGUGGUGAUUGUAGGUGGUGACUUGCUAGGAUCCUACACAUGGUCAUUUGAAUUCGAAGCAGGAUGCCAAUCUGGAGAGUAUUUUAAUGAAACCUCAAACAAGUGCGAACCAUGUCCGUUAGGGACGUUUCGUGAUGAAGAAACUGAACUUCAGCGUUGCCAGGACCAUAAGGCCUUCAGCACGACUUUGCAGACUGGCUCGACUAAUUUAUCGCAGUGCACCUGCAUCGAAGGCUACGAAAUCGGGCUUCUAGGAUAUUGCCAGCCCUGCCCAGCAGGAACAUACAAAGCCAUAGCAGCAGACGCGAAAUGCACAGGGAGAUGCCCUCAGCAUAUGUACAGUGGGAAGACGGGCGCUGCAAGCUUGGAAGACCUUAAUUGCCAGUGCGAACCUGGAUUUUACUUGACGGAAAACGGAUGUGAAAGCUGUCAGGUCGGGACUUACUGUGAAGGGGAUUUGUCUCCACCUGUCCAGUGUCCUGCAUUUCAAACUACAUCAUCUUCCGCGAGUUCCAAGUUUAGCGACUGCGUUUGCAUAGCAGGGUACUACCGAGACGGCGAUGAGUGUGUUCCCUGUGACGUUCUGACGUACAAGCCACUCAUUGGGGACCAAGGUUGCACACAGUGUCCGCAACCUGCUCUUAGUGUUGUGGCGAGCAGCGAGCUCCUUGCAACAUCAGCACCAGGCACAUCAAUGUUUUCAAGCAGGCGAGGCUCCACUCAACAGUCAGAAUGCGAAGUGUGUGCCAGCGGAUAUUAUUUUGACGCGGUGUCAAUGGGUGGCUGCGUACCAUGCAAGGAGGACUUCUACUGUCCAGGUUUCCAGCUGGGCAUGAUUGCCUGCCAAAAUCUUUCUAUAACAGCUGGGGUCGGGGCCGAGAGUGUAUUUCAGUGCAAGUGCCCGAAGGGCUAUGGUAAAGUUGCCAGCAGGAAUCCUCUGGAUCUGAGUCUAGCGUGCACGCCGUGUCCUGUCAACUACUUCCAGCACAUGGACGGUGCAGAGGUCGAAUGCUUGCCUUGCCCCUCGAAUUCCAUGACAAAAUCUACGAAAUCUUCGAGCAUAACGAGUUGCGUUGCGCUUCCUGGAUACGGUGCUCUGGAGAACUUGCAAGCGCUAUCCAACCGGGUGGAGGGGAGCGACACGGAUGACUCUAGCAAGAACACGUUUCUGGAGGCUACUGAGCUUGCCAAGGAUGUGGAAAAGGCUUACGAAUCUCUUUAUGCAGAAGACUUGCUUGCCAUAAACGUGUUUUGCAAGGAAGAUGUCAGCGCUGUUCGAGAAUAUGAUAUGGCGGAAUUCGUCACUAUGCAGUAUGCGCUGUCUUUUGCAGAAUGUCAAGCUGCUUGCUUAAAGAAUGUCUACUGUACCAGUUUUUCCUUUUCUAAGGAGGGCAGAUUCCCAACACACACCAACAGCGUUAUGAACUACACCGGCAUUUACUUCUACUCCUACUGGCCCUGCCAUCUGUACAUGUUCGGAUCGGCCGCAGCCGCAGAUGUCGAAACUUGGAAUGACACAUGGGAUGGAAGUGAUGUAGAGCCAGGAAAGGGAGUGGCGUGUGUCGUGGGCCGGGUGAAGGACGAGCUUACCUGGCAGAGGUUCCGCUACGUGGAGUGCCCACAGAAUGCAUAUUGUCCGGGAGACAAGGAUGCCAGCAUCUUUGAGUGCCAGGAUUACGCUGUGACCCUCAGCACGGGGGCCUAUUCUCGAGAGCACUGUCUAUGUGUCCCCGGCCGAGAACCCGUGGGCCAUAUGUGCGAACAGUGCAAACUGGGCUUCUACAAGAAUGCCACAGAAAACAUUGCGUGCACGGAGUGCCCACAGUUUUUCACUACCAGCAUCACCGCGAGUACAAGUGCAUACGAGUGCACUUGCCAAGCUGGGAUGUAUAUGGCGCUUCCCGGCACCACAGGGGAUGUAGAACAGGCGAUACAAAAGGAAGAACCGGAACAAGCAGAACAAAUCGGGCAUGCGGAGGACCUUGUUGAAACUGUAGAGACUCCUCCACCAGCUGAAUUAGAACCGGCAGCUCUUGAAACCAUCGUCAAUGCCAGAUCGAUUCGUGAACUAGGCAGGCACGGAGAAAUUGAGCCAAUGUCUCCCGGCGGGGUAUCGAUGUUACAACUGCGGCAACUGCCUUGGCUGGAAGAAGAAACUCGAGAACAGCUGGAAAAGGUAGUAGAAUUAGGUACCUGUGUGCCUUGCCACACGGGGAUGUUCUGUCCGGGCCAUUGGAAAGAUCCACCCACAAAUUCUACUCAUAUGCCCCCACAGCAGUGUAUUGAGGGGUCAAGCGUCCCACAGUCUACUGUAAAUGCAGAUUCUGUGGAGAAGUGCCUGUGUCUCGCGGGAUAUGCCUACGGGCGGUCGUCGGACGCCGCCGUAACAUCGGAUUCGUACUUUACUUGCAGCAAGUGCCCACCUGGCACAUACAAGGAAUUACAAGAAAACUCGCCAUGCUCAGGUCGCUGUAUGAAGGAUGCCGAGACGUAUCCUGGCGCAGUGAGCAAGAGCCAGUGCUUUUGCCAGGUGGGGCGCUACGCAGUGGAGACGGAUGACUCUGAGGGCAUGUUCAGUUGUGUUGAAUGUAUUACUGGGGGUGUUUGUGUUGGUGGUUUCAAGCAAAGUGUUAUCAAGGCAAUUGAGGAAAACCCUAGCUAUACGAAUAUUACCAUUGCGGAUCAUACAACCCCGUACCCACAAAAGGGAUGGUUUGCCACUUUCAAGACUAAAGCCGAUGAACCGUGGAGACCUAAUUGGUUGCCUUUCACAGUGGAUUCUUCGGAUGGAACUUCUGGUGCUCUCGACGUAGGUACUGCUGCUGACGAGAACGGUGGCACCGCCUUCGUCCAAACCACGCAGUAUGAUCGGGUUCCCGACAUUCACCCAUGCCCUGUAGACUAUAGAUGCCAUGGUGGUCCGUCAAAUGCUUGUGCCGAAGGAGGGUCUGGAUACCUCUGUAGCACAUGUGAGAAGGGUUACGACAUCUCUAGCCAUGGAGGUGUAUGUACGAAGUGCCAGCCAAUAUGGUUUGAAGUCGUUUACCUCAUUGCGUCGAGGCUUGUACUGUGCGUAAUCGCUUGGCUCAUAGCUGCAGUCAGUUGCCUUGCCGUGCGAAAUCCUGCAUGUAUCCAUCCAAUAUUGAUCCGGAUCUGGUUGUCUAACUUGUUUGUGUUCUUUCUUUUCGGCUUCUUCCCUGAAAAUAGUGUCUCUGCUUUAGUGGAGUGGGCUCCGAUGUAUAGGGCUGUUUUUACGUAUCCAAUAUUUAUAUUUACAAAAUACCCCAAGGUGUUCUGCAUUCUCGACCAGUUGGGUUUCCCGCUGGACUUCAAAAAAUGUUGGUUUCUUCAGAGGUUUGCCCAAAUGCUUGUGCCGAUUCUAGAUGUGUGCAUUACUACGGUGAUUUGUGGAAUAGCGCUAAUGCUCUACAAGCUGUACAGGCACUCCAAGAUCCAGAGAGUUUCGCUGGUGCUGCGUCAUGCCCAAGAAGUCCAUGCAGGUGACAUUUGGGCGAUGCGCACUGUGGAGAAGAUCCAAGACAUGCGGUGCCUUGGAUUGUUUCAUUACAUAUCUCCUGCGGGGGCGACUCGCUCACAGAAGAUCCUCCGUUUCUUUGGUGACCUAGUUCCAGCAUUCAUGGUUAUCUGGUUUUGGAACUUGCCAUUCCUUGUUAUCGAGUGCACUCAGCUUCUGGGAUGCGUUUCCAUAUCAUACAAGGAUGAACCGGCCAUGUACUUCUUGACAGCCCUUCCCGAACAAGAAUGCUCUUUCAGGGAGCCAUGGUUCGUGGCCGGGGCCAUCCUUGGAAGUAGCGGCAUUUUGGUCUGGGGUAUUGGCAGCGUCAUCGUCUUUUGCGUAUGGAUGCUCUACACCGACAACGCCGACAAGUUGGAGGCAAGGUUUCGUUAUGGCUUCCUUUCCAAUGGUUAUGAAUUUCAAUACCGAGCAUGGGAGAUGUUCCUAAUGGCGCGAAAGCUAGCAUGUGCCUGCUUGCUAACAUUGCAACUCCACAUGAGCGCAUCAGGGACCCAGGAGGUUUUCCGGAACUCAGUCAACCUCCUAAUUGUUACCAUGUGUUUAAUCAUCCAGUUAUUGAUUGAACCGUACGACAGACGGAGCCACAAUCUAACAAAUAGGGUGGAAUUUAUGGGCCUGCUAACCAAUGUCAUUAACUGUAUCAUUAUUCAAGGAAGCUUUUCCUUCCCAAUUUUCAGUUGGCUAGGGCCGCUGCCGAUUGUCCUGUGUGGGCUGUUUCAUUUGUACGUUUUAUGGAACCUAUUCGUAGAGGCGGGGAGAAUGGUGCUCAUGCGCCCACACCUGGCAAGACUCCCCUCUCCUUGGCGGUACUUCAACCUUGUGACGCGUUCGCUCGCUAGAUUAUAUACUCGAGGACAUGCCAAGGUAUACUACAACUAUAUCACUAAUGAGAUGGUGCUUGAGGCGGCAACCAAGUCGAGGGUGUUCCACAUUCGCAGGAUGAUUCAGCGGAAGAAGAAACUGACGGAUUACAGAAAGAUCAACUACGAAAACAGGACGUAUUUUGUCUCAGCCCUCACCGAUUCUCUCUCUAGGCUGGUCAUUUCCUGGUGCCAGUUUACUAUUCCUGGUGACUGGUUGGAUUUUACCAUUCGCUAUGCAUUCUGCUACUGCUUCUGGAUGAGACAUCGCGCCUCCAGCAACCGGGAACCACUCGAUUUGGAAGAAUUCGAUUCAAUGAGACCUUCACUUUUUAACGAGUGUUACGUUGAGGAUGAUGAUGGAGAGGAUGACGGUGCCCUAGAUCCAGAAACUCAAUGCAACGAAGUAGAAGAGGAAUUUUUAGAUAUGCUGGUUGACGACGACGUUUAUGAUGAUAGCCCGAUCACUCUCAUGGAGCUGUACGUAGCAGUGCAGUCCAUGCGUUACAUUCCUAAAAUGCAGCUUCGCCGGCUUCACGCGUGGUACCGCGAGAGGAUGGCAGCGGCUAGCAGCUCGGACAUGCCGGCAUUGCGCAAAGAAAACGAAGAACUUGAGGCAGAGCUACAGCAAUUGAGUGAGGUGCUGCGCAACCGUUUUGCCUCGCCAGCAGGAGGCAACGUCUCAUUCAACAUCCUGGAUUUCUUCUUUGCGGUAGAAAUCUUACACGAGGCGGAGGCAGAGAACUCUCGUAUCAGGAAGGACAUCGACAAGGAAAUCGCCAGUAUCAUGAAUGCCCGUGCAGCCCGCUCCGUGGCAGAACGGGUUCAGAUGGAACUAGAAAAGACGGACGGAGAAGAGCUUGAGGAUAUCCUGAGAUCGUUCGACGAGGCGGCGGAGAGGCAGACGGAGGCGAAGGCUCGAAUGGAGUACCUGGAGUCUGCCAUUGAGGACAGCCAGCGGAAAGUUAAAACGCGUAGGAAACCACUUAAGGAGCUUUCGAAGAGUCGUGUGAUAGUAGGGUCAAGACGCAUCAGUUUAGCAGAGGAGAGGAAACGUAUUCUUCGCCCAAGCUUCUCCAAUCUUGAUGCAGCCGGCGGUAAGCCUAGCCGCAAGUCACUAUCACCAGUGGGACCCCAGAAAUCCACUGCUACCUACGGCCGCACCAUUUCGCCAGUUGGUUUUGAUACCGACAGAGGCUCAGGUGACGGAUCAGGGCGAAGGCGUAUUAGUGUAGGUAUAGGGUCUGCGGGAAGUGACGGGGCCGAAAAUGGCGCACAAGGAAAAUCAAGGCGCAUCUCCCUGUCUCCCGUGCCCAGCGAUGCAUCUGGAGAAGCAAGGCGGCUAGGGACGCGCACAUUACUAUCCCACAGCAGUUUCAGUUCCGAUAGUGUUGGCAGCCCCUCUAACAACCGGAGAACCGUCAGAGGAGCUUCUCUUUUGGGAUUACCCGAUAGUCCCUCUUCGACUGACGAUGCGGAAAGACCAGCUAAGAGGACUGCCAGAAUUGCUUCUCCACUCGCACCCACAGCAUCGGCAGAGGGACCGGCAGGUUUGGAGCAGCAAGGGUCACGCCGCAGAGUAAUGCGUGUUGGAAGUGCGACUUCCUCAGAAUCAACUCAAACAGGGACGAAUGUGGAGCCAACUGAGGCGGCACCAAAGAGAGCAAUCAGAGCACCACGGCGAACCGACGAGGAGCAGCUAGGAGAUUCUCAACCACCAGAAUCAUCCAAAGCCUCUCCACCAGGUGUAAAGCGGUCAAUUGGGCUCUUUAAGCGGCCCCCCGAGCCUAAAAAAGACAAACAGUGA